UAAGUUAUACAUGUACGCGUCUAUCUAAGCUUUCCUCUGCCUCAGCGGAACUCGCCAUUGUCGUUCUCUCUCUAUCCCUCUUCCUUUCCCUCCCACUUUCCAUAAACUCAACGCUGCAACGGUUUCAUUGCCCGUACUGGAGCUUAAUGUUGGUGCUUCUGUGACAGCCUUCCUCCUGGUCGGAAGCUGCUGAGCUUUGAGAUCUAGGGUUUCGUUCUUUUGGCGGAGAAUUACGGUGAAGGAAACGGGGAAGGGAAAACGACGUUUAGGGGAUUCCAUUGAUGAUAUGUUGGCCGUGGACUCGAAGGGGGGGAUGGGAGAUGCGAAUGGGGAUUUUGUGAGGUUGCCGAUGAGCUAUGAUGAGGAAUUGGAAGCGCAGUUACCAUUGAGUAAUGGAAAGUGGGUUUCCCUGCUAUGGUGGACGAAGGUUGUUUUCCUUUGCAUUGUUUUGGGAGCUGCUGCGGCAGUUCUUGUUAUCUUCGCUGGCCCUUUGGUCAUAAAAAAGGUAGUUGUGCCUAUUCUGGACUGGGAGAUAUCAACAUUCAGUAUACCAACUCUGGGGCUUUUACUUUUUGCAUCAAUUGCGUUGUUCCCAGCAGUUUUUAUCCCUUCUUCAUUUUCCAUGUGGGUAGGUGGGAUGACAUUUGGCUACGGUUAUGGAUUUUUGCUUAUUCUGGCAGGGGCAAGUAUAGGCAUGUCACUGCCAUAUUUUAUAGGUUCUUCAUUUCGUCACAAAAUUCAUAAAUGGUUGGAGAGGUGGCCAAAUAAAUCAGCCAUUCUGAGAUUAGCCGGGGAAGGAGAUUGGUUUCACCAAUUUCGUGCUGUUACACUGAUAAGGGUUUCUCCUUUCCCUUACAUUGUUUUCAAUUAUGCUUCUGUGGCUACCAAUGUACAAUAUUGUCCUUACAUAUGUGGAUCUAUGGUGGGCAUAGUGCCAGAUAUAUUUAUCACUAUUUACAGUGGGAGGCUGCUGAGGAAUCUAGCCGAUGCAACCGACCACGGCGAUUUCCUAUCAUUGCAGCAGGUCAUCUACGAUGUGCUCGGCUUCUCCGUUGCCUUGGCCACCACCGUAGCCAUCACCAUUUACGCCAAGCGGACUCUCCAAACUCUUCAGAUUGAGGACAAAAUCCAUCAGAACUGCCAUCCUGAACUCUAAAACCAGCACUUCUAACUUCCAUCCAUCGCUGUCAAAAUUAACUGGUUUAUUUGCGAAGUCUGGUUCAUUAUUCCACAUCGAGGUAUAUUCGAGAUUUCUCUUUUGAUCUGCAAAAUUUUUUGGUCACCAAUUUAAUACUUGAAAGAGGAAAAGGGAAGAAGGGAUAUGGCUGGCAACUGGUUGAUUAACAACUUUUUACAUGACAUGGAAGAUGCAUUGAAUAUUGUAUAAGUGUCAAUUUUAGCUUUUAUUAGUUAGUUGUAGGGAGGUAUUUUAUUAAUAUCACAGGAGGCACAUGGAAUGAUUCCAUUUGCACCAAUUUUAUAGCCAAAAUUGAACAGAAGUAGUUCAGAAUUUGCAAUCAUUAAUUAAGCUACAUUUUAUAUUUGGAUUGGUUAUAUGUUAUUGUGGAAUAUGGCUUUAUCUUAAAUUGCUUCCACCUGCAAUCAC